CAUACUUCCUUUUUUUAAUUGUUGCCACCGCAGAUCGUCUAUGAGUCGCUCUUAGCGACAGAGGGCGACGCAGCAGUGAGACACGGGUGUGCGCGACGCAGCAGACAGCGCGCGCUGCAUCGAUCGCAUUGCAUUGCGCCUCCCAGCAGGCAGCAGCUGCAUCAUUUUAAGCAGCGCUCUCCCAUGUCGCAUCGCGACACGCAUGGCGAGCGGCGCUGCCGGCGCGGCGAUGCGCGCGGCGUGAGGUCUCCGCCGCCGCGGCGUCAAGGCGGGAGGGGCGCGACAGACCCCAACGAGUUGGAUCGGCUGCGGGCGGAAGUAGCCGUGAAGGAGCGGGCGGUACGGGACGCUCGGAGCGCUGAGGAGGUUGCUACCCAGAAACUCGAACAGGCGAGGCGAUACCUCGACGCGGAACGGACGCACCGCGUCCAGGCGGAGAGGGAGCUCGAAACGGCCCGGUCGCGGCUCCAGGCGCGGGAACGUGGCGCUCCGACGCCGACAGCGCCAGCACCAGCGCCGCGGCAAGCGCCGCCUCCACCACCUCCGCCACCUCCGCCGCCGCCGCCCUCGCCGCCGGCCGAGCCCAAACAAAAGAAGCGGCGCGCGAGCGUGGCAGAUGCCCCGGAAGUCGUCAAGGCGGACGGCAAGAUCCGCGGCUGCUGGCUCGACGGUGCCGGAGACCUCGUCGUCGCGACGAACCGCGGCGCUGUGGGAGUUUUGCAGCGGCGGCGCGACGGCGCUCGUACGGACGUCUUCAAGCCCUUUUUCCUGAGCUCGGCGCGAGGCUCGGACGACGGAUCGCGCUGCGAGUGCGCGGAUUUCCGGAAGUGCGACGAGACAGUUCUACUGGGCUACGACAACGGCGUACUAGAGAAGGUCAAGGGGCGCGGGAGCCGAUCGGCCGUGCCGCUCGGCGGCCGCCUCGCGGAGGGCAUCGCCUCGGUGGCGUGGGGCCCCAGCGCCGCUGACGACUGGGUCGUCGCCGCUGGCGCCGCCGGAGGACGAGGCGCGCACGAUGUCGUCAUCGUCGGCCGCUCAAGCGGACCCACGAAUCUGCCUCGCGUGCACACUUCGAGGAUUGCCGCGCUCUGCGCCGUUGAUUCCAAUUGUCUCAUAUCUGGCGGCUUCGACGGGCGACUCCAGCUCUACGACGGCGCGAGCGGGCGACUCACGCGGGCCCUCUCGGGCACGACGUCGCGGCAAAAGUGGAACGACGUGUGCGCGGCGCCGUCCUUGGGGGGGAAUCUUAUCCUGGCGACGGCGCUCGUGCCUGAUUCCGCCGACGACACGGGCGGCUACCGCGUGGACGUGCUGGACGUGCGCAAGGCGCAGCCGACCGUCGCCAGCUUUUUUGCGGCCGAAGCCGGCGGACUGUCGGCAAACGUCGCGGCGCGGUGCUCGGCGGACGGAACGUGGGUGACGCUGGGCUCGCACGCUGGCGUGGUGCGCUUGUGGGAUCUCCGGCGGCAAGGCAUGGCGGACGCCGCGAAGACGUCUCCCAUGACCGUCGCCGUCGGUAGCGUCAAAGGCGUCGCGCACGCAACCGUCGUCGAUUCGAGCGCCGUUGUCCUGGCGGUCGCCUGCGCCAGCCAGGUCGUCGUCAAGAAGUGGACGCCUCCCUGAACUCGGAUGUGAUAAUAUAAUAACAGUUC